AUGCUUAAAACCCAGGACAAAGCUCCUGAACUUCUGGCACACAGACUUGAGAAUCUGAAGAGACGGUGCCAAGACUUCAAGUGGAGUAUAUUUUCUCCGGGACUGCCUCAUGUUGUCCUCGCUGAAAGCCCAAAUGAGUUGCCACCUGAGGUCAGAUUCUCUUUCACCAAAGAAAAAGAAUUGCUGUUCACCAAGGGUGCAGCUUUCAUGAAGCUGAAGCUGGAAUUCCCUUCAGAUGACACAUGGAGCAGCAUUGAAGAGCUCAAUGGGAUUCUCUCCAACAAGACAAAGACUUUGGAAUAUGUACAGAAAAACUGGAGGAAGGAUGAAUUCUUUGGAUACCAGUUUCUAAAUGGUCUGAAUCCCAUGAUCAUCAAGCGCUGCUCAAAGCUGCCUGAGAAAUUCCCGGUCACCAAUGAAAUGGUCAGGGGUUUUUUACCAGACACGAGCACGUUGGAAUCAGAAAUGGCGAAGGGAAAUAUCUUCAUCUGUGACUACGAAAGACUGAGAGACCUUGAGGGAAAUGAGAUCAACAAGAAAAAGCAGUAUCUGGCUGCUCCGCUAUGUUUGCUUUUCAGCUCUCAGGGCAAACUGAUGCCAAUUGCCAUCCAGUUAAACCAGCAGCCUGGACGAGGAAAUCCCAUCUUUCUGCCCUCCGACUCUGAGACUGAUUGGCUGUUGGCGAAGAUCUUUGUGAGAAAUGCAGAGUUUUGUGAACAUGAGCUGAACUUCCAUCUGCUGCGCACUCACCUGAUAGGGGAGGUCUUCACUGUGGCAACGAUGCGCAACUUGCCUUCUUGUCAUCCGCUGUUUAAGCUCCUGCUGCCCCACACACGCUACACUCUCCAGAUCAACGUCAUGGCUAGGAAUCGGCUGAUCUCCGUGGAUGGGUAUUUCGCUAAGUUCACUGCCAUUGGGAAUGAGUCUAUGACCAUCCUCAUGAAAAGAGCUGCCUCCUCGCUGACGUACAGCUCCCUGUGUCUGCCGGAUGAUAUCAAGGAGAGGGGACUGGAGAAGAUUCCCAAUUACUACUACAGAGAUGAUGGUCUGGAGCUCUGGAACAUCAUGUACAAGUUUGUGUUUGGAUUUGUGUCACAUUACUACAGCGAUCAAGACAUCCAGGAAGACAAGGAGCUACAUGCAUGGCUUACCGAGAUGAGAGAAAACACCUUACUGGACAACAGUGAGGCUGGAUUUCCAGAGUCUUUCUACACCGUCAAAGAGCUGGCUAAGUUCGUGACCAUGAUGAUCUUCUCAGUGUCUGCCCAACAUGCCGCGGUCAACAACGGCCAGUUUGACUUCGGGGGAUGGAUGCCCAACUUUCCAAGCUCUCUCCGAUGUCCACCACCCAGCCGUAAAGGAAGCACCACAAAGGACUCUCUUCUUGCGACCUUACCUGACAUCAGAACCACGGUUCACGCACUGGCUGUUGGCUACAUGCUGAGCCAGGGCUCCUCUGAUCGGUAUCCUCUUGGACAUUACCCUGAGGAGCUGUUCAGCGAGGAGGUGCCGCUGAAACUGAUAGCCCAGUUUAAAAAUGAUCUGCAGGAUCUUGAAAAGAAAAUUGAUGCCAGGAACAAGAAGCUUGAUCUGCCGUACACUUACCUGAAUCCACGAAAUGUGGAAAACAGUGUUGCCAUUUAG